AUGCCCGGCCUCGCGAAGCGCCGCCUGCCCCGCAUCAAACCACCGCAGGCGGUGACGGGCCCCGGCGGCGGCCGCGUGCUGGUGGUGGACGGCGGGGGGUCCACGCGCUGCGCGCUGCUGGGGGACAUGCUCGCGGAGGAGGCCCGGAAAAACGGCUGGGCGGGUAUCAUCGUCAACGGCUGCAUCCGUGACAGCGAGGGCAUCGGCCAGAUCUCUCAGCUUGGCGUCAAGGCGCUGGCCACGUGCCCCCUCAAAUCCAGCAAGCGGGACCUCGGGCUGGAGGGGGUCACGGUGGUCAUCGGCGGCUGCACCAUAAGCCCCGGGGACUGGGUGUACGCGGACCCAGACGGCGUGCUGGUUGCCAAGGAGCAGCUCACCCUGGGGUGA